UGCUCCCUUUGAACAGAGGAAAUGUGCACGUUUGCAGCAGCAGGAGUGAUGAAGUGAUUCACGGUGCGGAGAGAGAGCACCGUUUCCUCUCUCAUUUGUUUUUCUGCUGCUGCCGUCUUGAUCUGAUUUGUGUCGUCAGUUCUCCUCCUGCCUGUCUGUGUGCCUGUCUGUCUUCCACCUGUACUUGUUGCUCAUAGUUCUGUGAUGGAUAUCAGGACUGUUGUGACCAUCUCAACUCUUUUACUCAUGACUGCUGAAUCCAACCAGUCAACACCUGGGCCAAACACAACAGAGCCCCCCCACACUUCCAGCAGCACCAGGAGAUGUUCCUGCCCCCCCACCCCCAGCAGCCCUGCCCCUCCCAGAGGCAUCCUGUCCAUCACAUGGAGUCAAUGUGAAGGAGACGUUCAGCUGAUACUCUACCACCACCCCAACUCCUCCUCUCCUGUCUGUCAUGGCAGUGAAAAAAACAUCCUGAAUAUUUUGAGAAGUGUUUGUGAGAACCGGCGAGGAUGUAAAGACAACUUGCGCUGGGUCAAAGGAAAGAAUCAGCAAGGCCAUAACCUCACUGAGGACGGAGCGGAGGAGGUCCACUGUGAGGCCCUUAGGGUCCAUUGCCAAGUUGAGGACCCCCAAAAUGGGCAGCUCCAGGCCUACAGAGUGGGAACAGCUGUGCUCUGCUGCCUGCUGCUGGUCCUGGUACUGAUCCACUUCACCAGACCCACUGUCAGAGCCCUGCAGAACAGACUAUCUGAAAGAAGACAGAACCGCUGGAUCGGACCUACACAGAGUCACAGUGUGUCCUACCAUCGAGGAAAGACUGCAGUUGUCAAUGACGGAGAGAAGAGACUGUCCUACCCUGCUCUGGAGCGACUGGCAGUCAGUGACAGCAGAGAGCCCUCAUCUAAUAGGAACAGCGACUACAACUUCUGAUAUCACCAUCACCACCAUCACCACCGUCACCACCAUCAUCAUCAUUAUCAUCACUAUCAUCCUUUGCAUGCCCCUAUAAGUAGGCCGGGACGGUUCUAGGGGGCUGCCAACAUGGGCCAGUGGCCCCGUAAAGCUGACCUGGGACCCCCCUGUUGCCCCCCUCCAAAAGUUUGUAAUAUUACGAUUUAUUGGCUAUAGUUUUGGCACGAUAGGCGGAACUAAUGUAACUCAGCCUUCUAGUCGGACCCCUUAGAGCAGUACACCCCAACUGGCCGGCUGAAGCGUGUAGAAAAGACUACAACACUUGUCCUUUCUGACCCGAGUUUCCUUUUUACUUCAAGUAAGAUUCAAACCUAGACGCUGAGAGACAAACAUACCAGAAACCACAGGAUGUUGUUGCUGAGAUGUGAAAGAAAACUUCCGAGGACCUGAUGGACAGCAGAGACUGAACUGUUCAUUUCUUUAUAUUCAGUGUUGCAGCAAAUACUAUUUCUGUGAUUUAAUACAAUUGUAACUUAGUUGGUAAAACAAACAAAAAAUAGCUACUGAUUCAAUGUUGUUAACUGAAACAAAGAACUGACACUUAAAGUUACUGAAAUAAAUACCUGUACAGAAACAAAUACCAAAUAAUGUAUUUUAUGUCUUUUUAACCCCGUGUUUAUUGUGUCCCUCUCAUAAAAUAACUGGCCCCAGCCUUGCCCCCCAGUAAAAUUGGUCUAGAACUGCCACUGAUGUUCAUUUAUUACUAUACUGUUCGGAUUGUAUCUAAACCUGAUUUAGUUCACCUUGUUACAAAUGAAACUGAAAAUAACCCCUUUAACUGUCAGAGGUUAUUUGAAGAUGUGAGCCUUGAGCUAAAGCUAUAGCAGCCAGGGACAGCAGAGUCCUUCCACCAGGUCACUUGAAUGGUAUUUAGCUUUUGCGCUUACAAGCUACAACUUCAGCCUGCUCUUUAGUUUUUGGAAGGUGUGUUUUAUUUUAUUUAAGAUUUGUAGUCUUUGUGGUCAUAUGGACUGAACACGUUCCGUACCUGAUGGAGCAGCAAUAAAAAAAGGAACUCACAGUGUUUCCAGAAUGUUGGAGUAUUCCUUUAAUCAGGAAAAAAACGAUAAUAAAAACGAUGAUAUUGAUUCAA